CGUACUUUACGAUAGGGUAGAUAGUAAAGAACUAAAGGAACAUUUAGACUGCGUUAGGGACGUAAUAUUAAACAUACAACGAGAGUGUGUCAUACAAAAAGUCUUGCAAAAAUGGUUAUCGUGUUGUUCCACUUGCUGUGUCUGCUCGGGAAAUAUAUGUACAAUAGCUAUCGCGUAAAAAAAUUGAGAGCUUUGUGCGAAGAAACCGCGAGACACGAUGAGUCUGAAACCAUCUACGAGAUGUUCGAGGAAAUAUACGACGACAGACCGCUUUCGACGACUAAAUGUGAAUUAAGGUUCUCACCACCGGCCUACAUACAGAGAUACAACGCGGUAGUGGACGUACUUCAACACACGUACGAAGGACAAGUUCGGAAGGUUGUUGAUUUUGGAUGUGCAGAACUGACCUUUGUGAAGUUUUUGAAAGCUAUAAAUGAAAUAGAGGAGAUACUAUGUGUCGAUAUUGACAGAGAACUUCUGGAAUAUCAUAAACACAAAGCAAUGCCAUUGAACGCAGAAUACUUGCAUCCUCGAAAAAGACCUCUUACAAUUGAAAUAUGUGAAGGCAGUGUAACACAUCCUGAUCAGAAACUGAAGAAUACAGAUGCUGUAAUUUGCAUUGAAUUAAUUGAACAUUUGUACCCUGAUACGUUAGAAGAUCUUCCUUUUAAUAUUUUUGGAUAUAUCAAGCCAAAAGUGGUGAUAAUAACAACGCCAAAUGCGGAUUUCAAUGUGUUAUUUUCGAAUUUCUCAGGCUUCAGACAUGCAGAUCAUAAAUUUGAGUGGACAAGAAAUCAAUUUAAAGACUGGGCAGAGAACAUUGUAACAAGAUAUCCGUGUUACAAUGUAACAUUUCAUGGAAUUUGCUAUGGGCCUGCAGGCACUGAGGAAUUAGGUGCAUGCACACAAAUGGCAGUAUUUCAUCGAUUACAUUCAAUAGAGGAGCCCAUUGAAGAAUUAGGAGCGGAUGGAUUACUUAGCACAGUGGCUACAUAUGAAUAUCCUGUAGAAAGAGACAGUCGUUCAGACGAGCAAAAAAUACACGAUACAGCAAUAUAUUAUACCAAUUUCUUGAUGUAUGACAUUCCCAGAUUUGCAGACGAAUCAUUUGGUGAAGUAAGUCUAGAAAAAGUGUUGGGUUUCGUGUUGCGCAAAUUCACCAUUUCAAUAGAUACACUGAGAACUAUUCUGGAAGAAGAGGGAUGGGUUAUUGAAGACCGAGAGGACGGUCCGGUUGUACUCCAUGUAGAAAACUCGUCUGGAUCAGAAUUUGAUAUUGAUGAGGCUGAUUUUGAUUUUGCACAUGACAAUGAUUCGGAUUACGGUUGCGCAGAAUCUGAUUCAAAUACUUACGAAAUACCAAUUCCUGAAACACGUGCACAUGCGAUUGCAGAAUCUUGGCAAAAUUUAUACACUGACAAUUGGAACGAAGAAUCUAGCGUUAUUAUUACUGAAAAUCGUUCUAUUAAUCAAGAACAUACUUACUUAUUUGAUGGAGAAAAUUUAGAUGAGAUGUUUGAGGAAGCAAAUGCUACUUGUAAUCAUUUAGAAUUAAAAGAUACAACGAACAAAUCGUCAGCAGACGACAAUAGAUUAGAAUUAUCGCAAGACGACGAGAUGAAAUUUAGAACCGCGCAAGAGUUGAUUGGUUUGUCGUUAAAUUUUCAUCCUUCUUUGUCUGUCUCGCGUUCGUCGACCUCGCCAGAUCAACCGCUCGGCCUCAAUUCCGAAUGGGAUAAUUGUCCGCAAAAUUAUUAUAGCGAAAAUGAAUUUUACAAUAAUUCGUCUUUACUGAACAGUACUUUUUGUCAAUCUGAAAUACCGAAUGACGCGCCUGUGAAAGAUGUAGAAUUCACGGGCAUACAAAACAUCGAGGAAUGUCCCUCAGAAGAAGAUUACACACAAGAGAAUAGCAAUGCGAUUGUGUCAUUUAGUGGUAACAGCUUUAUUAGUCAACCAAUAUUUACAAGUUCACCUUGUACAAAAGAGUCUACUAGCAAUAGCGUUGAACAGAGAAAUGUGAAAAAGCGCAAACGGUUAAUGUCUCCAAUGAAUAGUAGAACAUCAUCGAAAACAGGAGAAACCAUUGAAGAGGCUGAAUCGGAUACUGAUUUGUUGAACAAUACUAGUGAGAUAUCUAAUAGUAAUACUCUUAUAGAAACAAUUGCACAGUGCACAACCUUAUCGAACAGUGAAGUUUCAACUAGUUCAAAAAGUGAUACUCGCACACAGCCAAACGUGUGUGUAGAAAACAAAGAAUUCGCGAGUGAUAACAAUUUGUCUUGUACAGAGUUAAAGCAACAUGUGAAUGACAGAUUUACCAAAAACAAAAGCGCGAUUAAGCGCGAAACUGAUAUUGCGAACGAUGAUGUACAAACGAUGGAGUCGUGUCCGACCACAAUGUUAGACAAUGAGAACGUUGAGCACAAAGAGGAAAAUGCGUGUUGUACAGUAGCGACAACAGAUAAUGAUCACGUGAAAGCGCACAUGGAAAAUAUAAUCAGUAGUGCAAUUAGUAAUUGUAUUACGCAAUCAAAUUUAAGCCAUAAAAGCCCGCCUAGAGAAUUAUCAAAUUUUAGAUCGCAAAAUGAUGACGAACGCUCAUCUUCAAAGUGUGCCAAGGAGAUUAAUAGUUUAGAAAGUAACAAAUGUAAAAGUAACGAGGAAGCACAUAAUCAGUUCACAUCGCAAAAUGACGGGAUUGCACAAGUUGGUACAAGUAAAGAUGCAAGUGCAAUAUCCAAUACUACCGGAUUAGUAGAUAAUAUCGAAGCUAAGCCGUCUUUGUCUUCUCCACCCGAGACUCCUCCGAACAGCUGGUCUCCCGAAAUUAUGGAUUCCGGUUAUCCGAAUUCAGCUUCCGCACAAGAUAUAACGCCUGAGUACGACUUGUCGAGCAUUGCUCAGGAUCACAUACCGGACUCCGAGUCGCCGAGCAUUGCGGAAGCACCGAGACUCGUUGUGGAACCAGUCGAGGUGGAAAACGGCGAUUUGGCAAAUAACAAUAGAGAUGACGAGGGUAACAAUAUGAUGGCUGUGGACGCUAAUGAUAUUGAGAAUUUGCAACCGCUCAUUGACGUAUUGGAAAACGAUCUUGAGAACGAAAACGAUAUUUACGUAAUGCAAAACGGUUUUCCAAUCUGGUUACUGAGAAUAUUGGACAUGGCCAAUCCGGUUGACUUUGAUAUACAGGCUCGACAAAAUCUGAGAGUUCCUGGCGAAGUUGCAGAUGCUGUUGACUACGUGGGCCAUGAUGAUGAGGGUUUUGACAGUAGUUCUGAAAACGAAAGUGACGUAGCUUCCAAUGAAAUGGAACAUGAUAAUGAACAUGAUAAGUAAGAGAGAUAAGCGUCUUUUUUUUUUAAUGCGAUAAAAAAAGACAAGUGCAAAGAGGAUAUAAUAUGAUCGAGACAUUUCAAUAUAAUCUCACAUAUCAUUUGUCAGUAUUCUUUGCAAAAUUUGCAGUGCAAGACUUUCAUAGGUGGAAAGUGGAAAACAGAACUUUAUUUGCAUUUUAGACAUUCUAUAAAAAUUGCGUCUUGAACUAUUUGAUUAGUUUUGUUAUUUUUAAAACUUAGUUACUCUCUCCGUUUAACCAUUUCUUCCUAUAUAUUUUAAUAGCAAUCAAGAUUUUUUUCUUGUUUACAUCUAACAUAUAUAUAUUUCAAACUUAUUUUGUGUGAUAUAAAAACCUCGAGAAAAACCAAAAGAUAAUUGUUCGCAUACUUGUUAAGAACAACUUAUUUUUUAUAUAGUUUUAUAAGAUAUAUAUAUAUAAUAAUAUAUUAUAUAUAAAAAGAGGGAAAGAGAGAUCUGUGUGUGAGCAAAAUGCAUGUGUUUUACAUAUAGUAAUUUUCACGUCGCUGUUUAUUUUUCCGUUUUUUCUUUUCAACACAAGGAAACGUGUUUGCAAAAUGAAAAAUGUUUCUCAAACUUUAUACAAAUAUCAAACAAAUCUCAGUCUGAAUAUCUUUCUUUAUAUGUCGCUAGAAAAUAAAGUAUUCUUGUUGAAACACACACACACACACACACAUUAAGAAUUCAAUAUAUACGAAUAUCGAUUCUUGUCCUAAAAUUCAAAUUUGCUCUACUCGGAAUAUUCGAUAAUAAUCCGAAAGUAACGUAUUGGCAAAAUGUAUCAUUACACUAAAUUUGUACACAUGCGCAUUGAAUUUAUCUUUUGUGUUUGACAGUAUUAGUUACUCGUUAGUUAUCGAGACGUUCUUCCUAUAUUUGCGAAACAAAGUUGCCUCUUCUAACAUUUUUCUCAAUUUCUUUUUGUUUUCAACGAUAGAAUGUAUCCGGAUGUAUGGAUUCAAAAUCGAUACGAAUCUAGAUUCGACGUGGAUCUAUAUUCGACUUGAAUCCUAUAUGGACCUGAAUUUAUACGUUCUGUUGUUCGAAUAUUUCAAAUAAAGUACUCGAGAUUUUUUUGAAAAAGCGUCACAAUUCAAUCCGGAUCAACGUCAGAUUUGAGGAAGAAUCUUUCUCUCUUUUGGAGCCGUAAUAUAUAUAUACACAUAAAAAAAAAACACAUAUCGACAGACACACACAUACAUUAUGUAUAUAUUAACAUAUACACAUUAUGUAUAUAUUAACAUAUAUUUUCUUACGAUCGUAAGACUUAUUGAUUACUUAAAUUGUUCCAAGUGUUUCCAACGUGUCUCAGAGAGAAAUCUGAUCUAUGUAUAAUCUCAGUAGUAAACGUUAAGUUUGAUAAGUCUAAAGCUGCGCUUGGAUCGGGCGCAACACAAUUGUUGACAACACAAGUUACCUCUCACUUUUUGUUGCCGUGCCACAACAAAUGCGAUACGAAUUGUUUCUCAACUUGCCCGUGUUGCCGGGAGUGUUGUUGCGCCGCAAUCUAAACGCAUCUUAUGUUUUUGAGAUAUACAUCUGGUAUCGUAUUAUUAUUACUGAAAAAACGUGAUAAGUCAGUAAGUUCAUAUCAGUAUUGCUUUGUUAUCGUUUAAGUAUACUUCUGUUGGAAACUUACCAAGACUGAAAAAAACUGUAUACCAGUUACGUUCGCACUGUUACAAAGACUUUGAUCAAAUAAAGUCGAUAUGAAAUCUG